AUGUCUCAAGAACAUACUACUGUUACUGUUAAUUCUGCUGGCUCCUUGGAAAACGCAAUUGCGGAUUUGCGUGAAGAAGUUCGUGGUCUGGCUGUCGAAAUUUCGAAGGCUGGCGGUCAGCCAGAAAAGGAGGUGGAACCCCUACGUCUUUUGCUGGGCAAAAGGGCUGCUGACUUGCAAUCUCUGUUGGAUCUGGAUUGCCUCCUGGUUUUUCUUCGUUGCGCUCUGCUGCCAAGGCUGUCAACUCUCUUGUACCUGACGGUCUUCCCUUGUUCCAAUGGACCGGCCUGA